ACCCGGUCCUCUCUCUGAUCUCCAGCCUCUUCUACCCGGUAACCAGUGACUCAGAGGUCAUGUGACUCUGUUCUGGUUUUUACAGCCGGUCCCAUCAGAACCAGUUAGUUCCUCUGACUGGGAGACACAAAGAGACAUGGAUCCAUCAGCGCUGGGCUGGUUGCUGGUCAUCAUCACCAUCAACUCUGCAGCUGGAUUUGACUAUUUUGCUACGGCUCGUUUUGAUUUUAACUCCACUGAGCUGAAGGACAUCGAGUACAUCGUCUCCUACUAUUACAACAAGCUGGAAUACGCCAGAUUCACCAGCAGCCUGGGGAAGUUUGUUGGAUACACAGAGUGGGGAGUGAAGCAGGCGAACUACUGGAACAGCCUUACUUCAUACAUCACUGGGCUGAAGGCGGACAAGGAGACCUACUGCCAGUACAACAUCGGUAUCGACUACCAAGCCAUGCUGACUAAAUCAGUUGAGCCUACAGUCAGACUGUACUCCAGGACGCCCCCUGCUGGCCACCACCCCUCCAUGCUGGUCUGCAGGGUUUAUGAUUUCUACCCUAAAACCAUCAAGGUCCGGUGGCUGAGAGACGGACAGGAAGUGACAUCAGACGUCACCACCACUGACGAGAUGGAGGACGGAGACUGGUACUACCAGGUCCACUCUACGCUGGAGUACACGCCCAGGUCUGGAGAGCGGAUCUCCUGCAGGGUGGAACACGCCAGCCUGAAGGAGCCUCUGGUCACCGACUGGGACCCGUCCAUGCCGGACUCAGAGAGGAACAAACUGGCCAUCGGAGCUUCAGGACUGAUCCUGGGUCUGAUCCUGUCUCUGGCUGGAUUCAUCUACUACAAGAGGAAGGCCAGAGGUCAGAACCAAUCAGAACCAGAACCAAUCAGAACCUGGAUAGAACCAGAACACAUUUAAA